CAUCUCUCCUUCGUGUUAGGGAAGACACAUUGGCAAAGGCUAACGCAGCACGCAACGCACACCUGCUCCGCAGAGCCACGGCGGGCUGACAUGUUGCUCCUGACCUUGGCUCUUGGACUCCUGUCCUGUCAGGUUCAUGGGUGGUCUGAACCUCAGAUAAGUGUAAACGGAGAUCUUAAUGGAGCCGACGUGAUCCUAAACGUCGGUUCCCGUCUUCAUCUGACCUGUGAGGGCGACGGGCCGGUGAAGUUAACACCUUGGUUGGCUAAACACAGACGUUACGUCAAGUCCAGCGGAAACAGCUCCACCUUCAGCGUGACCAAAACCGAUGUAUGGUUCACAGGCCCGUACAAGUGUGAAUAUACCACCAGGAAUGACAGAAACGUCUCGUCUGUACAUGUAUUUGUGAGAGAUCCAAGGUUUCUCUUCGUGACCCCAUCUACCUCCAGGAGCGUGGUCGUGAAGGAGGGGCAAGACGCCCUCUUGCGCUGCCUCAUUACUGACCCUGCAGCCACUGAUGUCCACUUGCGGAUGAACAACGGCACCGCCGCACCCCUUGGCAUGAACAUGACCUUCGACCCCAGGAAAGGCAUGCAGCUCCGGAACCUCCUCCCCAGCUACACCGCUGACUACGUCUGCGCCGGCAAGAUAGCAGGGGUGGAGAAGGUUUCUGCCAUCUUCAGCCUCAACGUGAUGGAGAGACUCCGUUGUCCUCCAGACGUGUUCCUGAGGAGUGUGAAGUAUGUGCGAUUGGUUGGAGAGAGACUGCAGAUCACAUGUUCCAUAUAUAACCCAAACUUCAACUUCAAGGUCACCUGGAGACACUCCUCUGGAGCGAAACUACAAAGCACCAAGGAGAAACCAAAAGCACAGGGUAGUGGGAUGACCAUUGAUAGUGUGCUAACCCUCGAAGCAGUCAAGCUGUCUGACUCAGGUAACAUCACCUGUACAGCAACGAAUGAAGCUGGUGUGAACAGCUCAACCAUACAGCUUCAGGUUGUCGAGGAGCCAUACCUUAGAGUGUCUCCCAGACCAGAGCACCAGGGUCUGUCCUUGAAUGUUAAGGAGGGAGAGGACAUAGAGCUGUGGGUGUCCAUAGAGGCGUACCCGCCAGUGGCGUUCCACGGGUGGGAGACCCCUGCGUUCCCCAAUACUUCAAACCCAGAGAUCGAGUUCAAAGAAAUCGGCAAUAACAGGUACGAGGCAGUGCUGUUUCUGAGGAGGCUCAACUCUGACGAGCAGGGCCGGUACACCUUCCACGCCAGCAGCAGCCGGACCAACGCCUCCAUAACCUUUCACAUUCACAUGUACCAAAAGCCAGUUGUCACAGUGAGAGAGACGAACACAAGCUUGCUGACAUGCACAUCAUUUGGCUAUCCACCUCCCAGUAUUGUCUGGUACAAGUGCCAAGGAACAAGGCCAACGUGUACUGACAAUUCAUCCUCCUGGGAGACUCUUCAGUUAGUCACGCCCCAGCCACUACAGGGGGAGGAGGUUUGGAGCAAAAAGGUGGAAAGUGUUGUAGCUAUUGAACCAUCCAAUCAAAAAAUAACCAUGGAGUGUGUGGCGCGGAACGAUUUCGGCGAAGACAGUACAGUGUUUCUCGUAGAUCACUCAGAAAAAUUCUUUCGAGCAAUGCUUGCUGGAGCUGUCGGCAUGAUGGCCUUCCUCCUCCUCCUCCUCCUCCUCCUCUACAGGUACCAACAGAAACCCAAGUAUGAGAUUCGUUGGAAGAUCAUUGAAGCCACAGAUGGAAACAACUACACUUUUAUUGACCCCACUCAGCUUCCUUAUAACAAAAAAUUGGAAUUUCCUCGAGACAAGCUGAAACUAGGGAAGAUUCUGGGUUCAGGAGCAUUUGGGAAGGUGGUGGAAGCUACAGCUUAUGGUCUGGGCAAGGAGGACACUGUGACUCGGGUGGCUGUGAAAAUGCUGAAAGCCAGGGCCCAUUCAGAUGAGAAGGAAGCCCUCAUGUCUGAACUGAAAAUCCUGAGUCACCUCGGACAGCACGAGAAUAUUGUCAACCUACUGGGAGCCUGCACAUAUGGAGGUCCUGUGCUGGUCAUCACUGAGUACUGUUGCCACGGUGACCUUCUGAACUUCUUGAGGAGCAAAGCGGAGACUUUCUUAAACUGUGUCCUGACAAUCCCUGGAAUCACAGAGGAGAAGAAUGACUACAAAAACGUCACAGCCGAGAAGAUGUUUAUUCGAAGUGACAGUGGGUUUUCCAGCACCUGUUCAGACCAGUAUUUGGCCAUGAGACCUACACAGUUUAGAUCUUCUACCACCACACAGGUUUCUACCUGUGAGGAUCCAAAUGUGGACUCAUGGCCACUAGACAUGGACGACCUGCUGAAGUUCUCCUACCAGGUGGCUCAGGGGCUGGAGUUCCUCACAGCUAAAAAUUGUAUCCACAGGGAUGUUGCAGCCAGGAACGUUCUGCUUGCAGACAGAUGUGUGGCUAAAAUCUGUGACUUCGGCUUGGCCCGAGACAUCAUGAACGAUUCUAAUUACGUGGUCAAGGGCAAUGCUCGCUUGCCAGUGAAGUGGAUGGCUCCAGAGAGUAUCUUUGAGUGUGUGUACACAGUCCAGAGUGAUGUGUGGUCUUAUGGUAUUCUGCUGUGGGAGAUCUUCUCUCUGGGUAAAAGCCCAUAUCCAAACAUCCUGGUGGACUCGAAGUUCUACAAGAUGAUAAAGUCUGGUUAUCAAAUGUCCCGUCCAGACUUUGCCCCGCCGGAAAUGUACACCGUCAUGAAAAUGUGCUGGAACCUUGAGCCAACAGAGAGACCGACGUUCAGUAAGAUCAGCCAGCUCAUUGAGAGGCUUCUCGGAGACACACCGCAACAGACUCAGCACCAUAAUGUCCAGUCAGAGGUACUGGAUGAAGAGCAGCUCAAGUCAUGUGACACUGCCAAGACCAACGAGGAGUCAUGUGAUCAGGAAGAGGAGGAGCAGCCAUUGAUGAAGGCAAACAACUACCAGUUCUGCUGAAGCCAGCCUGGCCUGCGCCCUGCACACCUUCCGUCCGCACGCAGAUAAUAAACUCACACACCGAUUAUGACCAGCAGACAGCAGCUGUCCAGGUGCUCGUGGGUGAUGUUGGUGAACUCUAAGAUCACCAGGCUAAACUCUUUUCUAAACUCACGUCACAGAUUUGAGGUAUUUCGACGGAAUCAAUCACAUCCUUUGCGCGGUGUAAUGUAUCGUUUUGUGCAUGUUGAAGUUCCCUCUUUCAGAAUGGAGGAACAGCCGUGUCAGCGAUUCCAGGUUAAGUGCAAGCUUGCAAAGUUCACUUCCACAUGUACAUGUUGGUUGUUGUUUUUUUUGUUGCAAAAACCCACCAGUGGUCUUACGCAUUCUUAUAUAUGCUUGUCCUUUAUCUGUCUUGAGACAUUUUGAUGAUCCACAACUAAUUUGAUUUCUAUAAUAGGCCAAUAUUGUAACUUUUGAAAAGUAAGAUGAUCAUUUUAUACAUGAAUUUGCCUGAUUGGAUCAAACCAGUCAGUUAGGACACACUUAGGUCAGGCAUCUGCACAUUCUACACAAAAUACAUCUAUCUGAAGUGUCUGUUUGUAUUGUUUUGGGAUUUUUUUUAUCAGAAUUGUUUUGUUGUUGCGAUUGUUUGGUAUAAUGUAUAAUUUUCAGUUGAUGUAGCACUGUAUAUACACUGGAUUUACACUGUCACAGAAUAUCUGAGAAAGGGCCACAGAACCCCAUCACUGCAUUAAAGGAAGCUGGUGUUAGCUGCAGUUGUACACUUGCUCUUCUCGCAGCCAAUGCCGGGGCUCCUGGGUUCAUUUUAAUCUUGGACAAUAUCAGCAGCUUCUCAAUUUAUGUAGCAUACAUUGUUUUGUUGUUUUUUGGCAGAUUUGUUAUAAGCUCUUCAAUAAAGUCCAGGAAAAUACUGUCAA